UAAAAUGACAUAAAUUUUUUGAAGGUUUCAAGUAAGAUAAAAAGGAUAACCGAGAAAUGAAGAUCAGCGGCGGAGUAUUGUGUGGUGGAGGUGCUCGCAGCAACGCCGUGCCUCUGUUUCUCAGCCGCCGCAUAUCUUCUCUUCACAUCUCUUCUUCUUCCUCCAUCUCCGACCAUGUUUCUUUUGUAAAGGAUGUAGCUGCAACUCAACCGCCUCAGCAUCUCUCACAACUCUUAGCUAUCUUGAAAACCAGAGGUGAUACAAUUAUUUCUCCGGGUGCCAAACAAGGUUUAAUCCCCCUUGCUAUUCCACUCUCACAAAACAGCUCUGGUGCUGUAACCGCGCUGCUGCGAUGGCCUACGGCUCCACCCAAAUUGGAAAUGCCGGUGGUGGAAGUGAGAAAACAUGGAGUGUGGCUUUUAGCUAAGACGGUAGACCAAUAUAUUCACAGGAUAUUGGUUGAAGAAGAUGCGAAGAACAGUCAAGAGAGAAAUGAAGAACUAUUUAAUGCUUCAGCUGAUGCUGGGGAAAAGCUUUAUAGAAAGGGUGAUUUUGCGGAGUCUGGAAUUUCUAACUUAGAUGGUUAUCUUCUAAAAGAGGUUGGUAUAUUUCCUGAUGUCUUAGAGCGCAAAGUGAAGCGGCAUUUUGAGGAAGGAGAUCAGGUUUCAGCUUUAGUAACGGGGGAAUUUUAUGCAAAGAAGGAGCAUUUUCCAGGAUUUGCACGACCUUUUGUGUUCAAUGCUGAGGUUAUGUUGAGGGUUGGGCGUAAAGUAGAAGCUAAAGAUGCUGCCAGGGGAGCUUUGAAAUCACCAUGGUGGACUCUAGGUUGCAUGUAUCAGGACGUUGCUAAUAUAGCCCAAUGGGACGAUGAGCAAAUUGAGUAUAUUAAAGAGAAAGUGACUGAAGAGGGAAGACAAGAAGAUCUUAAAAAGGGGAAGGCGCCUGCACAGGUUGUACUUGAUGAGGCAGCUUUCUUGUUAGAUUUGGCUUCUAUUGAGGGAAAUUGGGACGAUUAUUUGGAACAGAUAGCCAAAUGUUAUGAGGAAGCAGAACUCAACGAUGUUGCAAAAUUCAUUCUUUAUAAAUCGUAAUUCAUCUGGCAGAUUUUUAUCCAUCUACAGGAAAUCAUCAUUCUUGCUUCUGGUUUCAGAGCAAAACAUCACAACUCUCCCUUACACUUUUUUCAUACUUCAUUCAUUCUAUCUAUCUCUCGUUUCUCAUGGCAUUACUUGUUCAUUUCUAAGUGUAUAGAUUGUGUAAAAGACAUUACUCGAGUUAAAUUUCUCUUUUGGUUUUGGUGUUGGUUUUGGUUUUGAACGACUAUUGUACACUUCGCAAAAUUGAUCCAUUUGAUUUUGAUUUA